AUGGCAUCGGCGGGUGACGAUUUUGCGGAUCCCGAGAGCUGCGGCCCCCAGCAGCCAAUCUUUCACAUCGGAAAGCACGAAUCGGACAGGGAUGUGCCUUUGACGGAUUCGGACUUCGUAACGACCCCCAUCACCAACCGUCAUUUCAAAGAUAGGGUCUUCAAGCUCGUCACGGACCACCUAUCGCUGCUGGAUACGAAGGGCGAGAAAGCAACAAGCACCGUGACCGGGCCCCGGGCUGAGCCCAUCCUUCCGCCCCUGACGCCCGAGGAUACAGGACUCUUCCCAUCGGCGGCUGUCAACACGUACGCGGCGGUGAUAAGCCCGUGGAUUGAUCUAUGCUCCACCGAUCCCAUCGUCGCCAGCAUCUCCCGCCAAGUGCUGAAUCUCGAGAUCAACUAUGCCAACUUUUGUGGUGUGAGGAGCAUCAUCGUUACCGGCCCCUCCCGCGACGCUUCCAAGGAUGGCGGAAACCAAGGUUUAUCUCAGUACUCCCGUGCGAUCAAGGAAGCGCUCGCCAUCGGAAGCUGCCUUUCCUUCCUGAUCCACAUGCCCAUGUACCGGGAGCCGGCCAGCGGCAAGGUGGCUCCGACCCUGGCAUCGCUCUGCAGACAGCCAAGCCCAGCUCCUGCAAAGGAGAUUGACCUUUUUAGUGCAUGGGACUCCUGGCAUCAGAUCCGGACGAUGUGCAGCUAUAACCUCAGGCUCUUCGUUGCACUGCAGCUGCCUCGGGUUAUGCCAGAAAAGGAUCUGCAAAGCCGUUGGUUUGCCGAGCCUCUGCAUUACCUGACCUUUGGGCCUGAAGUCUUCGAAAUGAACAAGAGCGGCUUCCCCUCGCUUUCCAAGCAUCAUCAGGAAACGAUCUUUACGUACAUGCGUCUCAAGGCCAUGCCUUGGUUGCUCCUCUGCGACGUCGGGCCGGACGUUUCACAAUUCAAGCUGCACUCUCCUUCGCUGCUGGCUCAGAACCUUCCGGCGCCUACGGACGACGAAUUCCCUACGCUCGCGGCGGCCCACGAUGCGGAAAGCCUGGCUCGGUCCCGGGCGCCGCGAGGAAACGCUCACAUGGCGUAUCUGCAGUGGCUCGAAUCGCAGCAGCCUCCUUUCACGGCGCUGGAGUCGACGACGUUGACGAGCUUCCAGGACUGGCUGCAGUCACCGCUUCAACCUUUGUCGGACAACCUCGAGUCUGCGACGUACGAAGUGUUUGAAGGCGACCCGGUCAAGUACAAUCAGUACGAGGCCGCCGUCGUCGAGGCGCUGGCUGAGUGGAAGAAACUCGGGCUACCGACAUCCAAGAAGGGAGUCGUCGUCAUCGCCGUCGCCGGCUCGGGUCGUGGUCCUCUGGUGACGCGGGCGCUCAACGCAGCGGAGCUCACCGGGGUCCCGGUCGAGGUUUGGGCUGUGGAAAAGAACCCGAACGCGUAUGUGUAUCUGCUACGCCAGAACCAGACAACUUGGGGCGGCCGAGUCAAUGUCGUCAAGUCUGACAUGCGCGCUUGGAAGGGCCCCGUCGUGUCCGAUUCGGUCGAGGGGGGGGCCGUGUAUGGCAAGGUGGACAUUCUCAUCUCGGAGCUUCUCGGUUCCUUCGGCGACAACGAGCUCUCUCCCGAAUGCUUGGAUGGCAUCCAGCAUGUGAUGGCUAAGCCGCACGGCAUCUCGAUCCCAAGCUCUUACACGGCGCAUUUCAGCCCGAUAUCGACACCCAAGUUGCACGCCGACAUUUUGGCGCGUUCUGCGACGGACCCAACUGCCUUUGACACGCCCUGGGUUGUCAGGCUGUACGCGUUGGAUUUUGUUUGCCAGAAAGCGCCCGACCGCCCCCGGUUCCAGCAAGCCUGGGAGUUUUCCCACCCGAUCCCGGAGUCUACCCUGCAGGCCGUCAACGCCCGUCGCUCUGGCGGCGUCGUCGGGGGCGGCGGCGGGAGCAUGGCUGGGGCGGCCGGCGCGAACGACCACAACUCACGAUACUGCCACGUGACAUUUGUCUGCCGGACUCGUGGAGUCAUCCACGGACUUGCCGGUUACUUCGAGUCGACCCUGUACGAGUCCAGGGUGGAGGGUCAAGAGGGAGAAAUGGUGGAAAUCAGCACGCACCCGGAGAGGAUUGAUCGGAAGAGCAAGGACAUGAUUUCGUGGUUUCCCAUCUUCUUCCCUCUCAAGGAGGCAAUUACCUUUCCCGAGGACACGGAGCUCGAGGUGAGCAUGUGGCGACAAACUGAUGACAGCCGCGUGUGGUACGAGUGGCAGGUCGAGGCUUGGACCUGGGUCGGGCCAUCGUCGAGGGUUCUUGUCGGCAAGUCAGGUCUUUGCACAAGCCGCAAAGUAGCCUGUCUGAUGUAG